AUGGCAGCGGCUAUCACCUGCCCGAACGGAAUUCAGCACAAGCGCGGAGGCACGCGUUUCUCCCAUUGCGAAAGCUGGGCGCAAUCUCCCUACACGAUCCUCUUGCCAACGGAUCCCCUGGGUCCUGGAUACGACGUGUGCUGGGUCGACCUCCCUGAACGCGCUCUUGGAGACGUACAAACGACUGCUGAGUAUGUGGCAUACAGCAUCAAGACGCUCGCACCCCAAUCUACCACCGGCAAGGUCGCCAUCCUCGCACACUCCCAGGGUGCCGGCUUGAACGUCCAGUGGGCGCUCAACUUCUGGCCCAGUGCUCGUGGGGUCACCAGUCUCUAUAUUGCUCUUGCUGGCGAUUUCCACGGUACCGAGCUUGGAAACAAUGAUUGCACACCGACCAUUCUUCAGGGCGAUGGCUGCGUUAUCUCCGUCAUUCAGCAAUCCGUCGGCAGCCAUUACAUCAAUGCGCAGAAUUUCCGUGGCGGCAGCGCCCUGGUACCUACGUCUAGCAUCUACACUCUCUACGAUGACUUCGUUUUCCCCGAGACUCCCGGUUCCGCGGUUUCUGUGCUGGCUGGCGCUAGCAACAUCAUGCUCCAAAGCAACAACAUUUGUGGUUCCGGACACCAGGCCAAUCAUUGGGACAUGGUUGUCGAUACCGCAGCGUAUGGUCUCGCCCUUGAUGCCCUCACCCACGGAGGUCUCGCUUCUGCCAAUCGAUUCCAGAGCAUCUACUGCAACGAAUAUGCUUCGAAUCAUAAUCUCAACCUCAGCCAGACUCCGAUCACCGCCGAACAGCAGUGCUUGUCCUCGCUCGUCACUGGCCCAACGGCGACUUCGGAGCCCAUGUUGAAGUCCUACGUCUGUCAGCAGGGACAAUCCACCUACUGCUCGAGUUCUUAA